CUAUGGGCCCCUGGUCUUUAUCAGCAACUAGUUGCGGUAAAUGGUGAAACCCCUUAUCUAAUUACGGCGGAUUGCCUAUUGAGUCACCCCUCCCCGGCAACGACAGGCUAUAUAAAUCCGCGCUCCCGCCCUUCGGCUGGAGGACCCUCUAAUCUACGAUCCACCCUAUCUUUCACCCAAGCAUCACUCUCCCUCUGCCGCUACUCCCCCACUUGUUCUGCAAUCAACCAAGAUGCCUCUGUACAAUGUUACCCUGAAGAAGGACUCCCCCCCUGAGGAGCUCGAGAAGGCCAAGAACACUGCUAAGGAUAAUGGUGGAACAAUCAAGCACGAAUAUACCCUCAUCAAGGGCUUCACUGUUGAACACUCCGAUGACCUUGUUGUUGCUUUCAAGUCGAGCCCACAUAUCCACGUUGAGGAGGACGCAGAGGUCAAGACCCAGUGACCGCGGACUUUGUUCGUGCGCUUCCUGGGUUUUUUGGCAAUGACAAGCGAUAGAGCAAGAGAUACCGAUACCUGGAGGAUUUCUCCUUUUUCUUUUCUUUUCUUUCUUUCUUUUUUUU